CCUUAUAGUGUUGAACCCCUUCUCUUUCUGCUUGCUUGAUUCACAUCACUCUACUUGUCUGCAAUAUAUUUCGUACCUUUUAGAAAACAUUUAAUUAACUGUAAACGGCAUUUGGAUAAAGCACAGUAUGCUUCAGUGAUACCUGCAGUGAACAUUUGAUUCCAUUGAAGCCAUGGGGAAAGUAAAAGGACUGCUACCUCUCUUCAUUUUAACAUCAUGGUUUCUUGUGAGCAGUGCACAGAACACAGGGUGCAAAGCUAAUUUGGCUGACAUUGUGUUCCUUGUGGAUAGCUCUGGUAGCAUUGGUGAUACAGACUUCCUGAGUGUGAAGAAGUUCCUGCACACGUUCAUAAUGGAUCUUGAUAUUAAUCCCGAUAAAAUCAGAGUGGGAUUGACACAGUUUAGUAACGAACCUCACAAAGAGUUCCUGUUGGGGGAGUAUGCCGAUAAAAAUGACCUACUGGAGAAGAUAGACAAACUCACCUACCUAAAAGGAGGCACUGAAACUGGAAAAGCUCUCAGAUUUAUUCUAAAUAAUUACUUCUCAAAAGAAAAUGGCAGUCGGAUCAAUGACCAUCAUGUGCCUCAGAUUGCUGUGGUGAUCACAGAUGGUGAUUCAACUGAUGAGACGAAGAAUCCAGCCAUGGAGCUACGGAGAAAGGGGGUGUUAAUCUACACCAUUGGGGUUGGUGAAGCCAGCAUUCAGGGCCUGCAGUCUAUUGCUAAUAAACCAUAUCAGCGUUUUGUUCUGAGUUUCAGUAAAUAUGAGGAGUUGCUGAAAGAAACCACCAGCACAAUAGACAAAUUGUGUAUUUCUGUGGAGGCCCAGCAAGAAGGUCUAGCACCAACGUUUGCAGAUGUGUUUGUGUUGGUGGACAGCUCAGUUGAGCAGACCCAAAAGGUGACACAAUUCCUCAUCCGCCUAGCCAAUCAACUUAAUGUGGCUAGUUCAUCUAAUCGCAUGGCUUUGGCUCAGUUUGGUGAAGAUGUUUCAGUGGAAUUUCGUUUCGAUGCUUACAAAACUAAAAAUGAUGCACUUGCCCUCAUCCGCAAAUUCAAACUCAAAGGAACUAGACAGCGCAAACUUGGAAAAGCAAUAGAUUACGUGCGAACUCAACUCCUCACCACUGAAGCAGGAAGUCGAAUUGCUCAGGGCUAUAAGCAGUACCUGCUGGUGGUAAGCAAAGGAAAAUCGGAUGACAAUAUGUUUACAGCAGUCCGUGCAUUAGAAGAGGAGGAUAUCACUCUUGUCAGUGUUGACUUUAGCAGAGAUCCACAAAAGCCUAUGCUUGCACUGCCAGAAUUGUCGAUCGAUGCCGCACCAAAAAAUGCUGUUGAAAUAGUAGAAGAUGUGAAGAAGAUCACUGAAAAAAAAAUUGCAGUAACUGGAGACUGCAAGUCCAUUCCAAUGGCUGAUAUAGUGUUUAUUGUGGAUGUAUCAGACAUCACCACCCUUCCAAACUUCAGGCUGGUCCGUAACUUUCUCCACCGGAUGAUUAGUGGCUUGGAGAUUGGCUCUGACAGUGUGCGAGUGGGAAUGGUGCUUUACAGUGACACACCCGCAGCUGAAUUCUACCUAAACACUUUUGACAAAAAAGAUGAGAUCCUGCAGUACAUUAAACUUUUACCAUUUAGGGGUGGGGAAUCCAGUACUAGCAAGGCCCUGAAGUUUGCAAGAGAGAAACUCUUCACCAAGGACACAGGCAGCCGACAUGACUUAGGAGUGCAGCAGAUUGCUGUGGUCAUAACAGAGGGAGACUCACGGGAUAAUGUCACAUUGGAGGCUGAAAAACUAAGGAAGAGUGGAGUCCAGGUCUAUGCCUUAGGAGUCAUGAAAGAUAAUGGGACACAUCUGAAAGAGAUUGCAUCUUAUCCUCCUGAGAGGUUUAUGUUUAGUGUGGAGAGCUUUGCUAAGAUUAAUACAAUGGAAAAAGUACUGACGAAAACUCUGUGCAACAAUAUUGUCCGGUCAGGUGACAAAUCUAGUACAUACAGUGUAGAGCAAGGAUGUGUCCAGACAGAAGAAGCAGACAUUUAUUUCCUCAUUGACCAAUCCACAAGCAUUUAUCCACCACACUACUUUGAGGAAAUGAAGAUGUUCAUUCUUAAGUUUCUGCUGAGCUUUACUAUUGGACCAAAACAGGUCCGCGUUGGGGUAGUGAAGUAUUCAACUGACUACAAGUUAGAAUUUAAAGUGAAUGACCAUAAUGACAUUGACUCUCUCAAAAAAGCUGUGAUCAACAUUAACCAGGAACAUGGAAACACAAAUACAGGAAAGGCUCUGUCUUAUAUGGGCAAACUCUUUAAGGAUGCUGAAAAGACACGUGACAAUAAAGUUCAAGAGAUUCUCAUUGUCAUUACUGAUGGAAAGUCCCAAGACUUUGUGAAAGAGCCAGCAGCACAGCUGAGAGCACAGGGAGUGACCAUAUAUGCCAUUGGCGUGAAAGAUGCCAGUGAGGAAGAGCUCUUAGAAAUGGCAGGUGACAAAACAAAGGUGUACUUUGUCAGAAACUUUGAUGCACUGAAACCGCUCAAGGAAAUAGUUGUGAAGGAUAUCUGUUCAGAACAAGCUUGCAAGAAGAUGAAGCAGGCAGAUGUAAUUUUUUUGGUUGAUGGUUCAGGGAGCAUUUAUCCAGAAGAGUUCUCCAAGAUGAAGGAAUUCAUGAAUAGCAUAGUUUCCAACUCUACAACUGGAAAGGAUGGCAUACAUUUUGGAGUGGUGCAGUUUAGCGAAAGCCCACAGCCUGAAUUUGCCCUUAACAAAUUUUCUGACAAAAUUCCGAUGCAGCAGGCCAUUAAUGAAAUGCGGCAGCUGGGCGGUGGCACUAUGACUGGGCAUGCACUCAGUAUUUUAUCAGAGUUCUUUAGUCCAACAGAAGGGGGUCGUCCCAGUGUUCCACAGAUUCUCAUUGUGAUCACGGAUGGUGAAUCUCAGGAUGCAGUUGCUCAGCCUGCACAAGCCCUCAGAAGCAAGGGCAUUACAAUAUACUGUAUAGGAGUACUUAAAGCUAAUGUCACACAACUGCGAGAGAUCAGUGGAACUCAGGAAAAUGUUUAUAUGGAAAGAGAUUAUGAUGCGCUGAAAUUCUUACAAAAAGAUCUCUUGAUUAAGAUCUGCACGUCUGUUGAUGAUUGCCAGAAAUCACAAUUAGCAGAUGUCAUCUUCUUAGUGGAUGAUUCCGGCAGCAUUAACAAAACUCAAUUCAGUAGUAUGAACAUCUUCAUGAACUCGGUGGUGAACUCCACACAGGUUGGAAAAGACAGUGUCCGUUUUUGUACUAUUCUCUACUCUGAUGAACCAGAGGCCAAAUUUUCCCUUAAUCAGUACUACAGCAAACGAGAAGUGCAGGAUGCUAUAAAUAAUCUGCAGCGUAAAGGUGGGAACACAUACACAGCCAAAGCACUCGUUUACUCACUGAACUACUUUAGUGAAGCCACUGGUGGGAGAAAGUCAAUAGGUGUCCCACAGAUGCUGUUUGUCAUCACGGAUGGUGAGGCCACAGACCGAAAGGAUUUAACUGACGCUGCUAAUCAGCUUCAAAAUUAUGGUGUUAAUGUUUAUGGUAUUGGAGUGGCCAAUGCAACAACAUUUGAACUAGAACUGAUUACCAAAGACAAAGACAAGGUUUUCAAGGUUGAUGAUUUUAAAGAGUUGGAGACCCUGCAUAAAAACAUUUCCAAAGUGAUCUGCAACAACACAAAACCAGAGUGUGAGAAAGAAGCAGCUGAUUUGGUCAUUUUGAUUGAUGGGUCAAAAAGUAUUGGUGAUGUGUCCUGGAAGACCAUGAUCAAUUUUAUACUUAGCCUCGCUAACAAUCUUCGCAUCAGACAAGAUCUCUUUAGAGUUGGUGUAGCUCAGUUCAGUACAGAGUACAGAAAGGAAUUUUACUUGGAUAAAUAUUUGAAUGAACUGGGGGUGAAAGAGGCCAUUGGAAAAAUCACUCAAAUGAAUCAAAAUACAUUGAUUGGAGCUGCUCUAAAUAAAGUGCAAGAGUUCUUUCACACCAGUACAGGGAGCCGUAUUGAUCAUGGAAUUUCACAGAACCUGCUGUUGAUAACGGAUGGAGAAUCACAGGAUGAGGUUAAGGAGGCAGCUAAUGAAUUGAGGGCCAAGGGCAUUGAGAUGUUUGUGAUUGGCAUAGGCCAAGUCUCAAUCAAGCAGCUCAACACCAUUGCUGGAUCACCUAAAAAGGUUUAUACUGUAGACAAUUUUGACCACCUCAAAUUAAGCAGAACAACGCAGCUGGUGAUCAAUGAAAUUUGCCAGAAGGACAAAGCAGGGUGCACCAUCGAUAUUGGUAUUGGAUUUGAUAUCUCUCGUAGUAGUUCAAACUCACAAUCAAUCUUUAGUAGCAAAUAUAUGCUGCAGACCUACUUGCCUGAUAUUGUAAGAUACAUCUCCACUGUGCACAACUUGUGCUGUCUACGCCACCUACCUUCUAUUAAAACCAACAUUGGUUUCCGUUUGGUUGCUAGCGAUGGCAAGAUACUGUAUGACCCUAAUUUUGAGCAUUACAACAAAGACAUAGUGACAAAGGUUAUUACUCAAAUGACUCAAAAUAUGGUCUUUAACACCAAACUCCUGAAAGCUUUUGAGGAAAAGUUUGGUGCUUCUGGAGCUGGUGUAAAGGUAGUGAUCAUUUUCACCGAUGGCCUGGAUGCACCUGUUGAUGACCUCAUGGUUGCCUCAUGGAAUCUUAAGACAAGUGGAGUCCAUGCACUGAUUCCAGUAGCUCUGGAGGGAAACCAAAACAUUAUGGACCUACAGCAGCUAGCGUUUGGACGAGCACUUGGCCAAACUGAUCCUUUAAUGAUCACCAUGAAAAAUGUGGGCAGUGCUCUGCAGAAGCAGAUUGAGGCUGUGGCGGCACGGGAGUGCUGUAAUGUGAUGUGUCACUGUACGGGUCGUGAAGGCGUACGUGGACCUGAAGGACCCCGAGGGAUAAAGGGCUCUCCUGGAACUAUAGGAUAUCCUGGAAUUCCUGGAGAAGAAGGAGGAAUUGGGGAGAGAGGACCACAAGGUGAGAAUGGAACUCAAGGACAUUCAGGUUGCCAUGGGAAAAGAGGUCAAAAGGGUAGCAGAGGCUAUACCGGUGAUUUAGGAAUAAAUGGAGAAGAUGGUGUGCCUGGAAUUGAUGGAGAACAGGGUGUGACUGGAUUAGCAGGAUACUCAGGAGAGCCAGGCGAUCCAGGCCACCAAGGCAAAAAGGGUGUCAGAGGAAUUCCAGGUGACCCAGGACAAAAAGGACUGCAAGGAGAUCCGGGUGAGCCAGGCAUUAUCAACAUUAUCCCUGGUCCUAAGGGUGAGAUUGGAUACCCAGGCAUACCGGGUCAGACAGGAUCAGAUGGAAGUCCAGGCAGACCUGGAGAUAUUGGCAGUCCUGGUCAGAAUGGAAGAAGAGGCACUGCAGGACCAUCAGGUGCUCCAGGACGUCCAGGAGAGCCAGGAAUAAGAGGAUCCCCUGGAGCUUCAGGGCCACAGGGGCCAAUGGGUCCUCGUGGUGAUUUGGGACAGAAGGGUAUGCCAGGUUUUCCAGGACCUCAGGGCUCACCUGGUACACAAGGAAAUACUGGCUCUAAAGGAAGCACAGGGCAGAGGGGACAAAAGGGUCAGCCAGGGGAACCUGGAAAUAACGGAGCAGCUGGGCCAGAGGGGCCCAGGGGCCUUCCAGGAAACGAUGGUUCAGAUGGAUAUGGGUUAGCAGGACCUAAAGGACAGAAGGGAGAUCCUGGCUUUCCAGGAUAUCCUGGACAACAGGGUGAUCCGGGAGAUCCUGGGAAAAAAGGAGGUAAUGGUCCUAAAGGCAACAGAGGAAGAGGGGGAAAUGCAGGCAGGCCAGGAGCACAGGGUAGUUCUGGUGGCCCCGGACCAGCUGGACACAGGGGCCCUAAAGGACCACCAGGAACCAGAGCAAUGUCUGCUUGUCAACUAAUCACCUAUGUACGAGACAACUGUGGCUGCUGUAAAGAUAAAACAACUUGCCCUGUGUACCCCACUGAACUGGUGAUUGGUUUGGACAUGUCUGAGGAUGUGACUCCUGCAUUAUUUCAGAGAAUGAACUCAACUCUUCUUUCUCUGCUGGACAGCAUUGAUAUCGCUGAAAGCAACUGUCCAACAGGGACACGAGUGGCUGUGGUUUCCUACAGUUCUAACACCAAGUACCUCAUCCGUUUUUCUGACCAUCGCCAUAAGAAAGACUUGGUGGAAGCUGUGAAGAACAUCCCUCUGGAACGUACAUCCAAUAGACGCAACAUUGGUGCAGCCAUGCGCUUUGUGGGUAGAAAUGUCUUCAAACGUAUUCGUCAGGGUGUUCUGAUCAGGAAGGUGGCGAUCUUCCUCUCUGGUGGACAGUCCCAGGAUGUGAUAUCCAUAAUCACAGCUGUUCUAGAAUACAAGGCUCUGAAUAUAAACCUUGGUGUUAUUGGUUUUAGGGAAACUCCUAAUGUUCAGCAAGCUUUUCAGGCUGAUGAGACAGGAAGCUUUAUUAAUGUGCUGGAGAGAUCAGAAACCCAGAAUACAGCACUUGAGAAGAUCCAGCAAUGCAUCAUCUGCUUUGAUCCUUGCAAUCCAGCUAGAGAUUGUCCUAGCACCAGUGAGGUACCCACUCCAGAGCAGGUAAACAUGGACCUGGCGUUGUUGGUGGAUGGUUCUCGGAGCAUCCAGGCAGAUCAGUAUGAGGGAGUGAAGCAGGUGUUGGGCACUGUGUUGGACCAGCUUGUAGUGAGUGAUCAGCCCAGCAGAAAUGACAGACAGGCACGGGUGGCACUUUACCAGCAGAGCUCAUCAUACAGUGAGGCCCGGGCUCCAGUCAAGCAGAUCUUUAGUUUCCAGCAGUUUCAGGACCGCAACCUAAUGAAGCAGAGCAUCUUUGAAAAUCUACAGCAGACUGGUGGCUACUCCAGGCUGGGACAUGCCAUAGAAUAUGUAAUCAUGCAGGACCUCCUCACUGUUUCCAGGCCUCGAAAAAACAAGAUGCUGCUGCUUAUAAUUGGAGAUGAGACAGAAUAUUCUGACAGUGCAAAACUGAACUUCAUCUCUAUGAAAGCAAAGUGUCAGGGUGUGGUGAUUUUCACUCUUACUGUCGGGUAUCAUUUCAACAGCACACAGGUGGAGGAGCUUGCCAGCAGUCCCACAGAGCAGCACAUAGUUCACUUAGGCCAUGUAAAACAAGGACAACAGGAGUACACUCGACGCUUUAUAAGGACUUUCCUACACAUUCUGAAACGAGACAUGAACACCUAUCCUACUCCAUUGAUCAAAAAACAAUGUGAGCGUUUUCAGCAAGAGGAAGGUCCAUUGUAUACCUUUGAGGCUGCUCCAAUGACACCCACUGAAAGGAUUCCUUUCCCAACAUUGAAGUACCAAGAGGAAGAUUUAGAAGAGAAGGAAGAAGCUUCAGCUUAUGUAGACUAUGUUGAACAUACUUUGUCAGAGAUUGAAUAUGAAUACGGCGACCUGCAAACCCAAAGAGAUUCAAAUGACGUGUGCUACCUGGAAAAAGACGCAGGGCCCUGCAAGAAAUAUGUUACAAAAUGGUUCUAUGAUCAAGGGAAGAACAAAUGCAUUCGCUUCUUUUAUGGAGGAUGCAAUGGGAGCCUUAACAGAUUUGACACUCAGCAAGAAUGUGAAACCCGCUGUGUGUAUUGAUUCCCCCUUUGAUGGCACAGUAUGAUAUGACUUUUAUGUCUGUAAUAUCCAAAUAACCUACAGUACACUCAUUAAAGAUUCCACUUCUUCGUUACCCUAGCAGAAGUAAUAACAUUCCAGAACCCUGUCAUGAUAGAGGCUUUUUUUAUUUGCUGUAAAUAAAACAUUUACACAAAAUUAUUUUUCAUUUUGUAUUAUUGACUGUAAAUAAAGCAUGAAUGAAAUGAAAUGAAA